AUGUAUGGAAGAACUGAUAACUUUACUUGCCCACCGACAUCAUUGUGCGAUCCAUCCAUUGAUCUGAGCGGGAAAGUCACACCAAUCUGCCAGGGAAAGAGCUCUUGUGAUAUUAACGGAUCUUAUGAUGGCCUGGAAAAACCGUGCAACACAAGCUAUUUUAACAUUUCCUACACCUGUAAAAAAAGUGAGUUUGGAAAAAUGAUCUAGUCUAGCAAAUCAUUUGUGUCUAUUUCUUUGCUGAUGUCAGAUAGUUUAGUGAGAAGAGGAGUAAGGUCACAAAGGUUUCAGUCAUCCACGUUGCUUUGCAUGGAGGGAAACCUCUGAGUAAUAAACACGAAGCUAAGAGUUGCCAUGGGUCGCAAAUGACAAACUUAAAAGCAUCGAGCUACCUCUCUCCAAGUUUUCUUAAGUUGUGACGCAAUCCCUGAAUGGAAUUGAAAUGUGAUGAUUUGUUAACAUAGCCUUCGCUAAAAAAUCGGCUUGUAUGGAACCUUUUUCAUGUUUGUUGUUAGGAAAGAAAACAUUUAUGACAAGUUUUCCGACAGGAUUUUUGUGUGCAUUUCAAGCAAAUGUGAUGUUUUGAAUCUCCUCGAGUCGAUGAGUAAGUUAAAAAAUUGCUCACUGAGACAGCCACGAUGUUUGCAUGAUUUGUUUAUCUUUUAACCUAUUUCUUUUUUAUUCUCAAACAAUUUUUUAAAUUGAUUCGAACUUUACUCUAUUUAUUGCAGUUAACGUGACUGAGAUAAAAGAACAUCAUAUUGGCAACUUUGUUUGUCCAAAAGGGAAAGUAUUUGUCGCUCACAGAUUGGAAUGGCUCGGAAUUGAAUAUAUACUUAAAAGUCGAAAUAUAUCAGCACCAAACAGUACCAUUCCACUGGUUGCCAUUUCAACAAGUAACUUGAGCAUGAUAUGGUCUACAAGUAAAAGUAACAGGAAAGUGUUACAGACACAAGUGGUUGCUAGUACAUCACUACUGGCAUCAGGGUUUCACAUAUCGUCGAGUGCGCUUGUGACUCAAAAGAAAACAGCUACCACUCCUAGUUUGUUUACCAUGAUGAUCAAUUCUUCUUCAACUUCAGGAUCAGAAUCUUUGGCAGCAUCAUCAAGACCUUCGUCACCAUUACCUAAUUCUGUAAUGAAAUCGCCAGGCGUAUCUGCAACAUUAUCAGAGACACAAGCUACAUUAAUAAGUGAAGGAUCUUUUUCUUCAUCGCCAUUACCAACGACAGCAGCACCAGUGACCACACCGUCUUUGUUAUCAUCAACCUUGCCAAAUCCAGUUGUGCUACCAUCAAUGACUUCAUCUCCAACAAUAGCUACUUUCUUUCCCAGACAGUCCACAGAAGUUGGACUCACAAAACCGUCUUUAUCUUCAAAAAACUCGCCAGAUAAAACAGUUCUGUCAUUGGGGUCUUCAUCUCCAACUACGACAACAUAUAUCGCUCAACCUUCCAUAACUUCUUUCUUAUCAACACAAAAUAAAACACUGUUGUCAACACUAUCAGCAACGACGGUCCCUAACGUAUCAGUGCCAGCUUUAAACUCCUCUAGAUCCAUCAUGCCGGAGCAAAAAAAGUAUGAAUAUUAUAACAUCACUCAGGAGAUCAAGCCCAAGAAAGUACACACUAUUAAACUAUUCAAUUGCCGUGGCAAGAUGAAAUGUUAUUUUAACGUUACUAGGAAAAAAUUUACUAAUCCGUAUCCAGAGAAAAUUACCGAGUUACGACUUUCUGUCAAACACAGCUGCCAAACUGGUAAGUACCGGUGAGAAUGGCUUAACGUGAAUAGUACCACUGAUUUUUUUUUUAUUUGACCGAACGAAUGGCCAAACGGAUUUCAAAGGAAAGACUGCAACUGUCUCAUCAUCAAUGAACUUUGAUACCAUAUCGCCAUGACCUCGACAGUACCAACCGACUUUAUGACUGUUGUUUUACAUGGCAAAAGAGGCAGAAAUGAAACAUCUUUAAAACGUCAUUAACUAUUAUUUUCUGUUGGUUAUUUAUGGUCCGACCUCUUUAGAGCGAGUAAAAUGGAAGAUCUAUAUGUACUAGACAGCUUUAGUGGGUUUCAAAGGUGAAUCCAUGCUCCGAACAUCUAGAGUUUUCCGAUUUUAGUAUUUCACUCACAAAUAUUUCACCCUGGAUAUUUCGAAGCUGCCGGCAUCUUAAGUCACGUAUGCAUGCCCCUCGAAAAAAUGGCACUAAUCAGUGAAGUUACAUAAAUUUUUAAACAAGUUUGUUGUGAACGAACAAUAGUGUCUCUAUUGAUCCUAGCUGAAAAUGGCUACCUUCAGUGGGAAAGCUGGAGCGCGUGCCCAGACGUGUGCGGUAUAACGUACCAUCAAGUCAGGAGGAGGAUUUGCCAAAAUCCUACCACUACUACAGGAGGAGGUGAUUGCUCCGGUCACAGAUCAGAAACUCUGGAGUCAGGAUGUUACAAAGAGUGUCUUGGUGAGUGUUUAUGCUGUUGUACUUAAGUUUUGCAGUGUAAGCUACCCUCGAUCACGAACCAAACCUGACCAGCCAUAAAGACAACGAUGAAACUGAGAUAUGGGUUUUCCCGGACAGUUGAGUCAUGGCAUUUGAGAUCUAAUACCAUAACGAAAGAUAUCUUGAUUAAUGGUAGUCAGAUAUAAAUCAAAAUACAAUCUCAGAUAUCAUACUCAGAUGAUUUAAAAGAAAUUAGACGUCAUAAUGUCUUUCUUUACGUUUUUUAGACCGCAAUUCUACAACCUGCCAUUUUUUGACAGCCAACUUAUCCUGUCCAAAUGGUACAUUCAUCAACAUUAUCAGCAUGUUCUACGGCCGUGAACAGGAGAACGUUAGCUUUUGCGACAGCAGCGGUCUUCCAGAUGGCGCAUGUGUACCACCAGAUGACAUAGCAGACCAUAAUAGAGCACAAGUUUAUGAAAGAUGCCAGAUGAAAUCUAACUGUACCAUAGCAGUUUCUAAUGACACGUUUCGCGACCCAUGUCCCGGAUUUAGCAAGCGCUUGAAAAUCAACUACACGUGCAGUCCUAGUAAGAAAAUAAUUCUACAUUUUCGUACAAACCUCUUUCAUAAAUGAUGAUGAUUAUUUUAUCUGGAUGCAAAUUAACGCUCUUAACCUCGUUUUCGAUUGAAUUAUUGUAUUGCUUUCUAUUUUGACAUGUCUACGAGGCCAGAAAGGUUAAUUUGCAUAAAUACGAAAGGUCUCUAGUUGGAGCACGGGUUUAUUUAAAAGGCACGUUAACCAAUCGAUGAAGCCGUUGACUAUAGCGCAAAAAGGUCAUCUUUCUGUUUUCGAGGCCUUUUCACAAAAUGACCAAACUGUAGUUGAGACUUUCGUUGUUUUUGAUACCGAAAAAAUUAUUGGUAAAUGUCUUGAAAAGAUUCUAUCGCAGUGGUCAUUGCUCAAGGGAAACUAUGGAAAGUGGCAAAAGUUCGUGCCGUAUGAAUUUAUCUCUUUUCAUAGGCUUCAAAAUUCAGGGAAAGUCUUGAGGAUGGACGCUGCGAGCAUUAAUUGACUCGGUGUAAUUAUUUUUUACUUAGGACUUCACCAAAAAUUAAAAUAACUAUUUCAAAUUUGGCAAUCUUCAGGAUACGUAACACAUUCCUCCCUGGAUAGGUAAUAAGUUGAUAUUCAUGUGUCAAUGUCUCUUCUUCUCUCUCUCUCUCUCUCUCUUUCUCCUCUUCUCUCUCUUCAGUAUUUACGAGAACAUUUUGCGACGCAGACAAAGCUUUAUUAAGCUGUCCCGCUGGAAUGCGAGUUGUUUUCCACAACACGCUCUUUUAUGGUCAAAUGAACACGUCAGAAUCUUGUCCAGUAACAGCCUCGGGAUCGUGCAGCUCUGGUCUGAAAUAUGGUGUCAUGAAUGAAUAUUGUUCGGGUGUAAACAAAUGCGAUAUCCCGACGAUAUCGGCUACUGAAUUCAACUUGAGACAGUGCAAAGACACCAGUAAUUAUCUCACGAUUCAUCACAGCUGCCAGAGAGGUAAGUGCUCUUCGUCGACAGCCACUGCUAAUUUACUUCCGUUUUUCUUUUUGAGUUCUGAUUUGCUUUUCAAGCGGCAAAUGUGUUCCUGCAGUUAUUUUUACGUCGUCUCGAUCUGUAGAUACGCACACAAAAGUAUUGACUGAGAAAGAUGAUGAUAAUGACCAAGCCCCUUGGUGGAAUACUGUGGGACUUAGAGAGAGACCUAACGGAUACCCAACUAUACUGGCCUCACAUUCGACCGUAUUCAUUCUGAGCUUCCGCUACGUGAACCUCUAAUUUUGUUUUCUUUUGUCCUCUUUUACGUUUAAUCCUCGUUCAUAUCCUCUUCAAUACUAUGCUUUUGCCUAGGAUCAUACAUCGACAUUUCGAUAAUUUCGACAUUUCGGCAUUUAGUUUUCAAAAUAGCUGUCAUUAUUUAUACAUCCCUCACAUAAGUAGCAAAUCCGAAAGCAGAUUCGACUUGUUUCUUUAAUGUUUUCUUCUCUGUCUUUUGGGCCAAAGCUUUAAAAGAGACUAUAAUUUUAAUGUAUUUAUAUUAAUCCACUAAGAUGAGUUAGGCCAGAAAUGAUAGUACCGAAAAUUCCCCUUCCUCUGAGUUGCAUAUAUCAAUUAAAAUUAAAAAAAUCAAUUGACUGGAAUGUUUUUCUGUUUUCAAGUGGAAGCCAUCUAUACUCCUUGGGGUCCCUGGGGUCCAUGCGAGGCCUGUGGCCUCACUACUCGUCGAAUAAGAGAACGUAAAUGCGUUAGUCCUGGUAUAGAGUAUUUUGCACCUCCGUGGGGCUGCAGCUACUGGUCCAAUUUGGUAGAGCAGGAUCACUGUUACCAUGGUUGUGGAGGUCAGAACACCUGUUUUCUUCUUUAUUAAAUAAGCUCCUAAGUUUCACAGUUUCAAUUUUAAUAACCCUUUGCAUCCACAACUUCGGUCUUCAGUCAGGCCUUCACGGCUACCAUAGGGUGUAUGAAGUUCCCACCGUACUUCACCAUAACUGGCCAUUUCUCAAUUUGGAACGUUGCCCAGGGUGCUCGACGGAGACGUGGAAACUAAUUUAUUGAAUUUGAAGUUUUACUUGAACUUGUUGUAUAGUAAUAACCAUAGUUGUUAUGUACCCGUAGAUAAAACUGUGAGCCUUGAUCAUGGAGAGAAUACCACAAUUGUGUGUCCCGAGGACGACAUUUACCACACUGUGAUUGAGAUCCGAUCAGUCUUCUAUGGGAAUGAAAGUUGCCCAUCAAACAACGGUAGCAAGAUUGCUGUCAUGAAAAGAUGUCAAGGACGAAACGAGUGUUACCUCGAAGCCUCAACAGCCAUAUUUAACGAUUCUUGUCCCGGGAUCAAAAAAUUUUUGAAUGUAACAUACAGGUGCCAGUCAAGUAAGUGCAACAGUGACUAAAUAGAGAGCCAUAUUACCAGCAUUUGGUCAAAAUUGAUAAAAAGUUUAGGCAUUUACCUCUUAAAUUAGGAGCCACGGAGAUCGGUAAGUGCUCAUUUCAUUUUGAGCUCGUGGCAUUCUAAUAUUAUUGUACGGUUAAGAAUAUAUGAAAGUCAUAUAUUUGAACUGCGGAUAAAGACAUGAAUGAAAGUGAUCCUCGCAGUGAUAUGCACUACUUAGGCAGUAGUGAAAAUAAGGCCUGAAAAAAAUUCAGGCCUGUACGGGAUUUGAACCCAUGACCUCUGCGAUACCGGUGCAGCGCUCUACCAACUGAGCUAACAAGCCAACUGGGAGCUGGUCAUGAUGGUGGUUCUAAAUAAACCCGUGAAGUGAUGAAUGUACAGUUAAGAAUAUAUGAAAGUCAUAUAUUUGAACUGCGGAUAAAGACAUGAAUGAAAGUGAUCCUCGCAGUGAUAUGCACUACAAAUAUUCAAAUAUAUGACUUUCAUAUAUUCUUAACCGUACAUUCAUCACUUCACGGGUUUAUUUAGAACCACCAUCAUGACCAGCUCCCAUUGGCUUGUUAGCUCAGUUGGUAGAGCGCUGCACCGGUAUCGCAGAGGUCAUGGGUUCAAAUCCCGUACAGGCCUGAAUUUUUUUCAGGCCUUAUUUUCACUACUGCCUAAGUAGUGCAUAUCACUGCGAGGAUCACUUUCAUUCAUGUCUAAUAUUAUUGUUAGCACUCUUUUGAUUGCGAUAGGUUUACACUAAGAAAAACGACCAUCAUGUGAAAAAUUGCAAUUGGAUUCUCCCAGACUCGAGCAUAAAUAGUUUUAAAUUUCAACCUUAAAUCAAAUAAUUUACAAAUUCACUAUUUAAGUAAUUCUUAGCCGUGCUUCUGUUACAACCGAACUCUUCAAAGCAAAACUUGAGAGUUAUUUAACCCUUUAAUCCUUAAGAGUGGUUAGCAACUAAUUGCUCCCAUCAAUAUCACCCCUAAAACAAACAUCGAGGCCAUGAGAAUAGAGGAAAUGAUCACCAACUAAAGAAGCUCUUGAUUGUUAAACAUAUUCUCUUUGUCAGUAUCAUAGGAAAUGUAUAGAGAACAGUAUGGGGAAAAUGCAUACCGAUCGUAAGGUGUAAGGGGUUAAAGUUGUUUGUUAUCUUUCCUCAUAAAAACCCUACAAGGUGGUAAUUCGGCACAGUAAAUUAUUAGUAAUUAACCCUUUACUCCCUAACAUCAGUAUGCAUAUUCUCCAUACUGUUCUCUAUACAUUUCCUAAGGUGCUGACAAGGGGAAUUAGCUUAACGAUCCAGAGCCUCUGUGGUUAUUGAUCAUUUCCAUAAUUCUCAUGACUCUAAUAAUUGAUUCAGGGGAGAUAUUGUAAAGAGAAAUUAGAUGCUGGUCACUCUUAGGGUGUUAAAGGGUUAAAAAAAAAGACAGGUCAACAGUUAUCGAUACUGUGGGUUUCACGUUUAGGAGUACUUUAGGGCGCGAGGUUACUUAUCUUGUCGAUGGUUAUUUAGAACGUUUGUCAGAGGGGAGGAGAUUAAAAAAAAGCUAUUCUUCUGUUGACAUCUUUCCUAAGAAAAUUCUUUCAUUUUCACAAAUUUUAUUAGAACUUGAUUUAAAACUUACGUUGUUUCUAUUGUGUUUAUUUUUACCCCCAUAGUUUAUAGUAUUGAGCAAUCUGAGCGUUAUACAAUGGUACCAACUAAUCUUAGUUGCUAUGACAACAUGAUUAUCGUAACGCAUGCAGUCUCGUGGGAUGACGGCUUUGGAAACUGCAAUUAUGGUCAAAGGGCAAUGACAAUCAUUCAGAACCUUUGCGAUGGCAGAAAUUCAUGCGUUGUGCUGAAUAAAAAGUCUCUACUGGGUGGCUACUGUGGGAGUUAUCUAAAAUUUGUAAUGUAUUACAGCUGCCAGACAGGUACGUUAAGAAAUUAGAUCUGUUAAAUUCUAUGAUGUGAACGCAAACUGCCCCAGAAUUAAGCCGUGAGCUGAAAAGCAAGGGCUUGGUACUGAAUUGAAGAUGCAUUGGCCUGAUGGUCAGUACCAUUAGGGUUCUGAAUCAGCAUGUGCGGGCUCAAGCUCUGGCCAGGUCUCUGUGUUGUUUUCUUGGGCACGACUUUUUACACUCGGAGAGCCUCUCUCCAUCAAAGAAUAUGGAUGGGUGUUCGUAAAAUAUAAAAAAAAUCCUAAAUAAAACACUGAUGGGUGAUUACCAUUCCCUAGAAGGGUAACCGAAAUAAUCCUCGUUGCUAAAUGAUGUGGAGACUCGGAUACGCUUUGGUUGCGUAGGCAACCUUGCUUGUUAGCACACUUAUCUACUCGGUUGAUAUCACGGCGGAGCAAUUUACUUAGACCAACCAGAGAGUGCUAUCAACCUAAACCAAUGUAAUCAAGUGUCAAAUUUAUAUUUCGUUUUCUACUUCCUUUUUCCUUUGAAUUAACCGCAGCAUAUGGAGGUUUGGACACAGAAUGGUCUGCUUGGAGUAAUUGCACAGAAUGUGGUCACACACCUGUAAAGAGAAGAAUAAAGCCUUGCCUCAGUCCUAUUAAUAAGAAUAGUGGAGCCCACUGUCCUUUGAUUGAGCAGAUUGCACCUUGUAACUUCCCAUGCCCGGGUAAGUAAUACGAAAAGUAAGCGUUCUUCCUUUCAUACUAAAUGAUAAAUCUGCAAGAAACUUAGGGUAUAUUUUCCAAUGUGGUAUCACUCUUCCAUCUUCAGUACCAGUCAUUAACUACUUGAAUACUUAUGUCUGGUUUGCUCAAUCAUUAUGUUAUUUCUCUUUCAGUUGAUGGAUUGUCGUUUAUAGGCGACGAUUUUUCAGUGGUUUUAGGUCAGAAUUUUUCCAUCCAAUGGAAAUUGAGACUAGGAACAAAUUCAACCGGAGUCAUCAGCUGGGGAGACAACAGUGCUAACGAGACAGUAGGCAGGUACAUUAUGGCAAACGCGAGCACUCCGUUCUCCCUUGUAAACUGGCACAAUUACACUUUUGAGGGUGAAUUUUGGGUUAAAGUGUACGCAUUUAACUACUUCAGUAACCAGACGAUUUACAGAAUGGUUUAUGUUCAAGUAAAGCUCUGUGGAUUAAAUUUCACGGCGCCAACAACGGUGGCAACGAACACGUCAUCCCAUUUUGAUGUUUCAUUAGAAGUUGUGUCCCUGAAAAAGCCUCUCGUUUUGUUUUCCUUUGGAAAUGGAGUGGUUCUUAGUUCCACAUGCUUUGAAACAAACUAUACUUACCCCAAAGCUGGCGUAUUUAUGGCUUAUGCGAACGCUAAAAACAAGGUGAGCUCCUUGACAUCGACGCGCAAGGUUAUUGUACAGGAUCCGGUGAGAGGAUUUAAGGCGGAUAGAGAGAUUUAUUUUGUGACUGUGGGUCACUAUGCAAGAUUUUUGUUUUCUAUAGAACAGGGGACGAACGUUUCAGUGAAUGCCUCAUUAUAUGACUGUGAACUUCCUUUCCUGGCAACUUGGUUGAACGGGCCAAGUCACUUAAACAGCUUGCUAACAUGUGUCUUCGACAAAGUUGGAACAUGCAAUGGUUUCUUUUACGCCUCAAAUAAAGUUAGCCAAGCUAAUGCUUCGGCUUUAAUUAUAAGUGAAGUCGCCAUACAUGGAUUUAACGUUACUGUGGAGUGCCAGAGUAGAUACCCUUCUUGUUUUCAACAUGACCGAAUUGUCUUUCACAUCAACGUUACGAAUGGAACUAGGCCAAAAUUUGUAUUCCAUAUGGGAGAUGGAAACGUAGUUAUUUCAUCAGAGAAAACCCUUGAUUACUUCUUUAGGGUAAGUGGGUCUUUCAACGUCAACAUCACAGCUCACAAUAACGUCAGUAGUAUAAGUAUCUUACGGAAAAUUGGCGUUUCGGAGCUUGUGCCAAUGAGUGGAGCUUACGUAAACUGUAAUAAAACCGUGGGCUUGUCUGACUUGACCAUGUGCAGUUUUGGUGUCCAGCAAGGAACGGCAUUCGAAUGCUGGUUGGAUCUUGGAGUCAAUAACCAGCUCAUUUUAUUUUUCACUUAUUUCAAUCUGACAUCUUUUAUAAGUUACAAUUUAACAUCUUAUGGGGAAUACACUGUUCAAUUCUUAUGCAACAACACCAUCAACUCCAGCAGCGCCAAAGUUGUAACCAAGGUUGUGCCUCGUUCACUUAAGCUCGGCAUAAGUCAAAACGGUCCAGUUAUGGUCAACAGAACCUUGACGCUGACACUUUCAGCGAGUGAAACUGGCUAUCCCUCUUGUUUUACUCUAGAUCUUGGAAACAGUCAGAGGAUUGUGUUUGGAUCGCUAAAAUGCACAACUGGGGAACACCAAAAAUCGUUUCCGUAUCCCUCCUUGCAAUACAACUACACAUACACUAAGGCUGCAAUUUAUAACGUAACUUGGAGUGGACAAAAUAAUUUUACCUCUGAGUCAGUUCACUCCCUUAUAAUUAUCACGGAAUUGCCUUGCCUUAAACCGCAGGUCAUUCUCCAAAACGUUGCCAGCAAUCGGCUUUCACCAGCGGUAAUUACACGUUCCAAGGAAUUCAUCGUUAGUUCACGAUAUCGAAUCGAUUGCGAAAGAGCAACAGGCGCGAUUCUUCAAUGGAAAAUAUUCAAAAAUACCACAGAUAAGGGCUUUGUUCUACAGAGUACAAGAGUAACGGAAAGAUCUGACCUCAUAUUACUUUCAAAUGAAUUGGAAUAUGGAUUAUAUUGCAUAAAAUUAACGCUGACCCUACAGAACGCGUUCGAUAUUGCGGGAACUGCUGAGGGGUAUUUCAAGGUCACUACUUCGAAAUUGAUUGCAGAUCUACAAGACGGCUCUGCCAACAGAAGGAGUUAUUUACAACCAGUGUUUAUAAAUGCAACUGGUUCCCUGGAUCCCGACUCUCCGGAUAGCAGUAAGUUGGAAUUUAAAUGGUACUGUUACAACAUUACUGACAGAUUGAAAACCUUCAAUUAUUCAAAGAUGCCGCUGUCUACUUUGGCGGAUGCUCUCAGUGAGUCUCCUUUACCAAAUGGCUGCUUUGGUAAUAAUGGAUCAAUGGCAGCCAAUUCCUCAGAAAUAAUUCUUCCCCAACAGAAGGUAAUCGAGAAUGGACUUUACUUGGUUAAGUUAGUUUUGUCAUCGAGAAAUAGAGAGGCUUCAAAGGCGACAGUUAUCCAGGUUGUAAACGACGAGAUACCACAAUUCUAUAUCAGGUUUGUUACAUUUUUCUCAUUGAUCCAAUUAGGGAUUGUACGCGUAAUAUCCCUGUACAGUUCAGGGGCGGAUCAAGGGGAGUGGCCUGGGGGGCCCAGGGCCCCCCUCCCUAGUUUUGGUUAAAAAAAAUCGCAGAAGGAAGAAAAGCCGGCAGGGCAAGCAACAAAAAAACCAAGCCACCCCUUAGCUCAAGGUCUGGAUCCGCCACGGUAGUUCUAGCCAUCGAGCUCGGUCAUUUCAUCUUGGUUUCAAUAGGCCAUAUAACAGAGCUUGUUUGAAGUUUCCAACCACUUUUGCAGUGAAGUAGUAAACCCGCCGUUCUAUUGGUGGACGGUGCUGCGCAUACUCUUAGGAAAUAGAUAUGUGGGGCCAACGAAGGAUCAUCCACUUGUAGUGCCAAGUAAAACGGGGAACCAUCUGUCUCAAAAAUCGAAGCGAUGGCAAAUUUUGUAAUGAUUCUUUAUAGAUAGCUACACGGAGCUCCCAAAAUAGAAAAUGUUAAAAAAACUUAUUCCUCUUGUUCACCUCUAUUUGCAAAUGUAAUGAAGCAAUAUUUUCUUUAGAUGUGUGGUGAACUGCAAACGACUAGUAAUUACAACGGACAUUCUGUCCGUUAGUAGUCACUGUUUCUCUGGAACUUGCGAAAAAGGGAAAUCGGGUGUGUAUUCAUGGGAACUCUUCCAUAGAAGCGUGAAUGAGACAGAUGGGAAAAAGUGGAACAGAGUCGCUGAUCUAGAGGGCAUCGCCUCAUCCAACACAAGUUCGAAGAAUCUUGCGUUGAAAGCUUAUGUUCUACAUCCCGAGAUGUCGUACGUGGUUCGAAUGUGGUACAAAUGGUUGGAUCACGAAAGCCUCGCAGAAUACAGCUUUACAACAAGUCGUCCACCAUAUGGAGGAAAUUGUUCCGUGAGUCCUUCAGCGGGCGAAGCAUAUCAAACCAUGUUUAUAUUUGAAUGUGCAGGGUGGCAAACCAAGAACAUGCCUCUUCUUUACGUGGUUUCCUACUAUGAUCCAUACACACAACUGAAACCUGUGCUUUUUAGGGCUGAGGAAGAUCGAUUUUUGGUCAAACUGGCUUUAGGAGACUCAAAUGACAACUUCCGUCUAAAGAUAUUUUUUAGUGUAAUAGAUUCCUUUGGUGCGCGUAUGGAUACCCAGAGGCUUAUACAGGUAUCUUUGUUUUUCUUUACUCGUUAAAACUCAUUCGACUGCGUGUGAACGGUACUUCUGAACUUUUUCGCUUUUGAGGGGUCACCAAAAGUCAGGGGAACGUGUUAACCUUAUUGAUUCAAUUAGGUAAUACAACUGUUAUAAUUGUAAGUUUUUUUUUUUACGUCGUGAGCGUCAUUAUAAGAGUCUUUAUUUCUACAAGUAAAUGCCUGAUGGGCUACACUGACAAGUGGCGAGUAAACAGACGUAUAACCUUCAAGAAUCAUGUUUUUUUUUUUUAUCGAUAACCGCUUUUUACAAUUUGCCAUGACAGCCCUGGAUAAAUCUAUUUUUAGGUACUUCCUCGAAAAGUUGUCCCAUUGAAACUUGAUGAACUAAUUUUGAAAGACAACAGCAAACUCAAUUUCUACCUCAACAUCGGUGACAUUGAUUCAGUCUCUGAGCUAGUAAGCGGUGUUAUGUCCAGCCUUAAUUAUGAAGCAAUACACAGAGGCAAUGGCACAAGUUCUGCUGAAAUUCAAAGCGAGGUGAGUUCAGGUUUUUGAAGUAAAUCUACUGGUCUGAUCAUGUACUCCAAUCUCAACAAUCAAUAUUGAGGAAAGCGAAAAGGUCGAUGCAGAGGCUUUUGAAGUGAGGUGAAUCUUUGAACCGAGGGCUCGUAGUGACAAUUAAGGUACAUUUCUAUGCAGGUUCGUUACACCAUCAUGCAGAAGAUUUCCCGGAUCCCAAUAUCAACAAUGACAGAUAUCAAUCAAGUUUCAACCAUGAUAGCAGCAGCAUCAGAAAUAAAGGAGCACGUCAACUCAACAGCUCAGGUACAUACGUAUACGCAGUAUUUGCUUAAUUUUGACUGCAAUUUUAGCCACAGCUUUCAAACACCAUGAGUUUCACAACCAAUAACUACAAGGUAAAAUUGGCUCGAUCACUCUCCACAAACUAAACUUCAAAAACUCGUCUGACAAUAUCAUCAUCUUGCACUCAAGUUGUCGAAAAGUCACUCCCCGUCACGGCAACAGCUAUCCUUUCAAGGAUAAACGCUACACGGACGAUCACGUUUCGCGAGUGACCAUUUCAGUGUUAUCGCUGAUUACUUCUUUUUAUGGUGCCGUAUGCGUUAUUUUUCUUGAAGGAAAUAGCCACAAACAAGAUUUCAAGCAUGAUAAAUCUUCUGUUGAACAAGUCCCGACAAGACAUUGGUGUGUCUGUGGUUACAGACGGAGCAGAAAAUCUUGUGACUGCGGUAUUCAACGUUUUGAUGUCAGCUUCUUAUAGUGCUGAUUUCAGGCGGAUGAGUGUCACGGAUGAACUCGACCAAAAUAAGGUAUAAGUAAUUGUUGGCUAACAGCAUUUUUCAUUUAGAUGGUUUAAACCUUAUUUCAGUCAUAGGGAACUUAAGAAAACUUUGACUAAACUGAAAUUGCAUCAUACAAACAUACUUUGAGGAGAAAUCUUCCGACAAAUUCAACAGCAGGAGCCACGGUGGAAACAAGCAGCCUUGAGCUACUCUAAGCGUAAAGUUUCGAUCAGAAACUAUACAUACACUGUGUCGCUACUAUUAGGAUAACCUUUCGGAUGACUAAACGAUGCAAAAUGAGCUUAAUUUACUUGUUAUUUUCUACCAGAGUAAAACAAUAGCUUACAAAAACAUUGAAGCUUUUGAGAAAGUCACCGAGGCUGUUUCUAACAAACUGCUACCAGGCCAGGAGGACAUUGAAAUUCAAACAAAGUCGGCCAUAUUGACCUGCAGAAGAGCCAAGGUAGCUGCGCUUACAGAUCAUCCUAUAAAUGCAGGAAAUGCUAGUGUGAAUUUCCCGGAUUUGCAAGAACUAAUUGGCAAUAAAACAGUUGAUGUCCAGGUAUGUUUAGUUCAACCCACACAGGUGGAAUUUCUAUCACAUUCAUCUCUUUCGUCAUGUUUAUGCGCCAAUUUUGUUUAGAGAGAAAAAAAAGUUGUCGCAACUGCCUGUCCCUGUCUCGAAAUGUUUCCACGGGAAUACCCUGAGCCAUCUUUAUUUGUUCUCCACCAAAAUGUUGCGGCAACUCUCAAGGCUGAGGUGACAAGCUACCUUGAGUCGAAAUAUAACCAAGAAGGAAUAAGCUUUGGAAUCAAGGCCUUUAGUUUGAUCGUCGUUUGAUGAUCAAGAGCAUCAGAAAGAGUUUUUCUCUUCAAGGAGCUAAAUACGUUUCGUUGCUAAGUUAUCUGCUUGGAUGAAGAUCGAUCUUAAGCGUCAUAGUUCUUUGGAAAGGGCGUAAUAGGGAUGAAGGUUUUUUCUUUCUGAUUUUAACAUCGUAGAUUCAGUCUCUCGAUCUAUUUAAGUCCUCUUGUAAGUUUGGGAUUAAUUGAGUUAUUUCAGUUGGCCUGAUCUUGUUUUUUGCGUAAUGAAGGUGAUUGAAAUACUCAAAUCAGCAGUUCUUACUCUUCUGUAGCUGCUUUACCUUCCAAAGAAUCCAUAUACCUGGGACAAGUCCAGCCAAUUGGUGACCACCGCUAUUUUAGACGUUAAGAUUAAAGAAAUAACAAGGAAGCGUCAAGUUAUAGAUAUACUCGAUUUGGCUGGAGAAAUCGACCUUCAGAUUCCUUUUGAACCGACGGUGCCUGAAGCAAACCCAGACAUCUUCUACAAGCAAACAGACAAUGAGAGUAUACAGUAUCACUCGUUUGAAAUCAAGAAAACUAAUGAGGCCAUCGAAUUCUAUAUAAUACCUUUAGAGAAUCAAGAACAGCUGACUAUAUUAAUUAAAUUUGAAGAAAAGCCGACAAUCUUAGAACAUGAUUUGCAGAUGAAAUUGCCAAACUUCUCUAGCUGCUCCAUUAAAGAUACAUUUCGUGUCGAAAAUAACAAUUGCACUGAUAAUCCUUACAGUCUUUUCCUACCGAGUACCUACUUAACAAAAGUUGGUAAGUAUUUCAUUGGCGUGAAGUAUGGAGAGACGACUGAAAAUAAGCCCAGCUCUUAUUACAGGCAAAAGAGAGAUUGUGGAGCUGGAAGAAGGUCCAAACGAGGUGUUUCUGAUUGUAUUCAGUACAAGGAUCCCCCAACCACUCGUCCCUUAAAUGGAAAGUUUGUUUCAGGACAGCAAAGCUAUGAUAAUUCCAAACACAGUAACUACUCAAUGGAGCAAUUCGGUCUGGGGUGCAAUUUCUGGAAUCCUGCUGGCAACCAGUUUUCAGGCGGUGGAUGUAGGGUAAGGCAUAUAAGUUUUGCUGUCGGAGCCACUAAUUAAUUUUUGUUGAUGUCAUGGAAUGUUUUGAGAGAUGUUUUGAAACAUAUUCUGAAAAGAGAAAUUGGGUGGGGUUUCCCAGCAGUUGACUUCAGUGCAACUCAGAGGAGAAUCUUGAUAGCUACAGCACUAUACCUUGACAAGGAUUACGAAACAGAGAUCCUAUCGACUGACUAUAUUUAAAAAGAUCAUUUCAAAUUGCUCAUAGCAACAGAAUAUAAAGUUUAUAUCGUCUUGCUUGUAGUCGUGGUAAACUCCUUCAAAAUAUAGGAUUUCUAUGAUUUGUUUUCUAAAAGCAGCUAAUGACAUAAUUGCAAUCAUGAAUGAACGUCAAAAUGCUGAUUCUUAUUUAAACAAUUGAUUGAUUAGAAGUGAAACACAAACAAAAACAGUUCUAGCAAGCCAGGCAAUCUGAUGUCAUUUCUUCGUUCCCAGACUGGCCGACGGCGGACCUUAUCACGAACCAUGACCUGUCGCUGCAAGCAUUUGACGUCCUUUGGUGGAGGUUUCCUCGUAAAGCCAAAUCCCAUUGACUUUGAUAAAGUUUGGUAUGCUUUCGCCGACAUCCAUAACAACGUUGCUGUCUUGGUUUCAAUAGUCAGUGUAUUCUUGUUAUACCUGCUCGUCAUUAUAUGGGCACGGAGGGCUGACAGAAAGGAUCACUCUUCUCAGGUAAAGAGUAUUCAACUCUCCCGUCACUGGAUUUGUUACAAACGGAUGAAACUGCGGCUGCUUGUAAACUUAAUUAUUAGAAAUAAUUAGCAUAAAUAUCAAAUGCCAUACUUGAUACUUCAUUAUGAAUUGUCUUUGAUGUUUAGGAAGGAGUACUUUUAAGACUAGCACGGAUUAGCAAAAUUUUUUUCUUUAAUGUGGACUCUGCUGGAAACUAGGAGGGUCAAAGGAUAAAAGCUUUUCCAGGAUGUGGCGGCAAAAACCCACUAGUUGUUCAGAGAUUUUUGAAUUGUCGUUGCAGGGAGGUACAUUGGUCAUUGGGAAGUCGUCAAAUGCUUAUGUGUACGAAGUUACUAUAUCUACAAACAAAGGAAGGAAUUCAGGCACUACAGCCAAUAUUACCUUUCUCGUUGUGGGAGAAAACGGGUCCAGUGGUACGCUUCCACUGAGCAAGCUCACCAAAGUGAAAUUUAAAAGAGGGACAGUCGUUACAGUUGUGUUGUCUCUACCAAGUUCGCUUGGUCAGCUGCUAUAUCUACAUAUAUGGCAUGACAAUUCAGGAGAUAAUCCGUCGUGGUAUCUUGAUCACGUGGCUAUACGAAACGUUUUAACGGACGAAAAAUGGAACUUUAUGUGCAGAGAUUGGUUGGCUGUUGAAAGUGGCGAUGGGAGAACGGAAAAAGUAUUAUAUGUCGCAAACAUCAAUGAAAUGGCAAAUUACAGGUACUUAUUUUUGUCUCACAGUGCUGAUGGCCUCUACGACGAGCAUUUAUGGAUUUCAGUUGCCGCCAAGCCACCUCAAAGCAGUUUUUCUCGUGUGCAGCGUGCCUCUUGUUGUCUGUCGAUUUUGUUUUGCACCAUGAUCACUAACGCUAUGUUUUACGACAGCGGCAAAGCUGACACUUCUUCGGUAUUUUAUCUUGGUCCUAUCAAGAUCACCAUGCGUCAACUGAUGAUUGGAAUACAGAGCAGCCUAAUCAUUUUUCCCAUAAACUUGGCCAUUACACAACUGUUUCGCAAAUCAUCUAAUGCGUCAAUGUCUUUGGGAGAGGCUGAAAGAGCGAAAAGUGUUAUAUUCAAACGAAAACCUAAACUACUCUUUGAUUGCUUUGAUCGCCGCGUAAAACCGUUGUCAAAAAAGUACCUUCCCAUGACAUAUGAAGCAAAUAGUACAAUCAGCAUAUCCACUCUUAAGUCCGCAUCUGCAGAUAGAUUUACAGAUGAUGAGAGUAUGUUCAACUUAAAUAAUGCUUACACUAAAAUUUCCCAAGAGAAGAAAAGAAAAAAUUUGUACAUGUGUUUGUACUACUUUGCCUGGGUACUGUGUUUCGUAUCAGUGUUAACAUCGGCUUUCUUCACCUUGUCGUACUCUCUUCAAUGGGGAAGCGAAAGGUCUCAGCAAUGGCUUCUGUCGUUUUUCGUCUCUUUCAUCCAAGAUGCUGCAAUCUCUCAGCCAGUUAAAGUCGCCCUAUUUUCGGCUGUAAUUGCCUUUGUCAUCAAAUUUACCCUUGAGCAAAAAGAGAAGCGCCAACAGUUUAAGAGGAAAAAGGUAACAUUAAAUGAUAAAGGUGAAAAAGCUUGCUUAAUUGAAACUCAAUCUGAGGAUAGUAUACCAUGGGAUGAUUCCCAGCCAUUGCGGAAGAAUAUUUUGGAAAAGGCGAAAAUGAAAAGGAUGAAAGAAAUCAAGUCCUCAGAAGUCAUGACUGAUGUGUUUUUUUACUCUCUGUUUCUCCUACUGCUGCUUAUGGUGGCAUACGGACACCGUGACCCAAUUGCUUAUGAGUACACUAAGCACUUGGAGAAUUAUUUCUCUAUAGAGGUAAGUCCAAUCUCUCAAAUCUCUCGUAUCCGUCGCCUCAUUUAAGGAGCAAGCUCCAUUCAAAGUAACGUGCAAUGAAAAAGAGAUGAAAUGGUAUAGAAACUACUACCAUCAGACUGAGGAUGUUUAGAAAAGUUGGGAGGGGUGGGAGAAACACAAAAGGUAGUGACAUUUGAACAGCGAAGUUUUCGUAAUUUUUGGCACAUGUAGAUUGGAGCUCUCAUGCGGAAAAUGAUGCUCCUUAGAUAAAAAAGGGAAAAAACUGUGGUAUCUACGAUUAUAGCACUGUAUGUUUCGAGACAGUAAGUCCAAUUUGUGUAAUUAUAUUUAUCUCAGUACAAUAACCCUGUUGCUCAAUGAAAUCAUUACUACCGUUACAUUCUCCUUAGACUCAACAAUAUCCCGAGGUUUUACGCUGGGUUAGAUUUAUCUUCAUUCCGCAAAUUUUUGUCGGCUCAUGGUACAAUGGGAUGGCCCCUACGGAUUCAGAAGAUGGAUAUUUGCCUGAUAGGACUUCAUCUCUCGUGGGAAUGGCUCGGUUGAGGCAACUUCGAAUUUUGAAUGGUGAGGCGUCUUUUGCAUUUUCUGUCGCCAUAACUCUCUGUCUAUUCAUCUGUGUACUGGUCUGCUUUUCUCCCUUCUGCUUGCUACUUAUUUGCGUGAUGGCUUGCCUGAGUAUCUUACGUUCUGUAUGUUUAUUCGUAUUAAGUCCAUCAGUGACCUACUGUUAUCAACCUCGUUGACAAUAACAAACUGUUAAGGUUUUUUUUCUUUUUGAACUUGACGAAGCUCCAAUAAUGGGAAGGAGAAUUUCAACAUAUACGUCACCUCCUCUUACCUACCUUUGAUGUAAAACAGCUUCGCUAUUCGAAGUGUAAAUGUUUUUUUUUUGGUCUUCGAUACUUAAGCAAUGCUCUUUGAGUUUCUGCAAACGAUAUUUGAAGUAGGUUUUGAUUUUAAUAAAUCAGUUAUUUUGCUGGCCUAAAAAUUUAGAUCCGAGGUAAUUGAAAACUGAACUUGUACGAAAAUUGUAGUUCCACACGUAUAGAAUUAAAAAAAUAAUGAUUUUCAGUUGACAAUAGCACUUUCAUUAAUUUCAAACGUACGGAGAUAACUGACAUCACUAUUUUGCAGAUACAUGUGGCAACUACAUUCAAUUGAAUGAAAAACUUGGCUUAAACUGUUAUGGACAAUAUUCGAUGGAUGAUGAAGAUACAAGCAUCUAUCAAGAAGAAUGGGUACCGGUCUCUCCGGAUAUACCUAUUGAAAACAUUACUUAUCACAUGUGCCCCAGACCCUGGAGGUAUCAAACAGCAAUGCAGUUGAAAGGGGUUCCAAUAUGGGGUAAAAUCGCCUUAUACUCAGGGGGUGGAUAUGUGGCAGAGCUUGGUUACUACCCUGAUAAGGCGAUAGAGGUGGUUAGCGAACUUUUCGAGCAUAACUGGGUUGAUCGUCGCUCUCGCGCCGUUUUCGUUGAGCUAACUGUGUACAACGCUCAAGUGAAUCUGUUUUGCGUCAUCUCGCUUCUGAUGGAGGUCAUGCCAACUGGGGGAGUGGCAAUCUUCCGUCGAAUUAAUACCAUUCGAGUUUAUAGAUACAUAGGAGAGCUCGCUAACUUGUCAAUAGCCGCAGAGCUUAUCAUUGUAUUGGUUAUCUUGUACCUUCUUUACAAGGUCAUCAAAAGAAUAUACCAUAAGAGGAUAGCAUUUUUCAAAAAGUUUUGGAAUUUAGUGGAUCUGCUGCAAGUACUUUUUGCUCUUGUUUCUAUUGGGUUGUAUUUUGUCAAGAUGGUGAAUAUCAACAUGAUCAUGAAAGAUCUCAGCGAAAAUCCUUAUGUUUUUGUCAGUUUUUCAUUGCUUCUAACGUGGAACGAAAUUGAUACGUGCAUGAUAUCGUUUGUUGUGUUCCUUACAACUCUUAAGCUCCUUUAUUUGUUGAGAUACAAUAACUACAUCAAACUCCUAAACCAAACAUUUUCCAAUAUGCGAACGGAUAUACUUUCAUUCAUGGUGCAAUUUCUCUUGUGGUUUAUGCCGUUUGUCAUUUUAGCUCACAUUACGUUUGGUGCCCAUUUACAACACUUCAUCUCCCUUCCUUCUGCAUUUCAAGCGAUGUUAAAUGCCCUCCUUGGCGCGUCCUACUAUCAUGAUUUAGAGCAGGUUGACCGAGUGAUCGGACCAGCUCUGUUUUUCUGCUUCAGUAUUCUCAUGGAACUCAUCUUUCUCAAUAUGUUUGUAUCUAUAAUCAACUCGGCGUUCGGCAGUAGAGUGGAAAAUUUGGAUCAUUCCCAACCCGAACCAGAACUAGUUGAGUUUAUAAUGGCACGGCUGAGAGGAAUUUUAGGGAUCAACCUGCUCUCUACGAGAGUUACUCCCGACGAAAAAUGGUACGUGGAUGAUUCCAGUGACGAAGACAAUGACCUCAGAUUAUUGAGUACCAAAAACACUUUAUCUGUGCUGAACAGAAAAUUAACACAUUUACAGACUAAAUUUACGAACGUAACGACCAUGGAGGAAGAAGAGGAGGAUGAUGUUUGGCUGGAAAUGGUUCUUUUGCGGGAACACGAAAGUCUGGCUUCUUCACGGAGUGAGGGUUCGGCCACGACACAGACAUCUUUUUGA